UCCGAUCCGGUUUUACGCAUCGAUAAUAUCAUGCCAGAGGCUUGAUUAUUGCUAUUAGGAAUAUUUGUUUGCAGUGUCACCCUUCAUAUGGAAGUCAGCCGAGAGGAAAAUACAUAAUCAGAGGAUGAACUGUUCAGAAGGGAAACAUUUUUAGGAUUAUUUAGGCUACCUCUUUGGACUGCUGCGUAAAAAUACACGCUAUGUGACAACAAUGAAAGAAAAACAGUCUUUCCAAACAGGAAGUAGGAUAGUUCAGAAACCCUUUCCAACCAAUUGCAUAGUCAAAGCUGGAAAAAAGUCAAACGGAUGCCACAGGAUAAGUGCGAACUCAAUGACAGUUCAGUAACAGCGCUUCACUUGCAAUUAAUGGGCAAUAGACGGGACUGCGGCCAAUGCAACCAGGAUCCUGCAAGGGAUUAUGCGAAAUCUUAGAUGGAGAUGCGGAGAUUCUUUGCCUUGCUGCUGAUCAUACUGGAGUGGAUUCGGCCUGGCCUGCCCUCCCCACUGCGGCCCAUCUGCGACCUGCGUGUUCUGAACCACUUUAUUAUGGAGGCACAGGAUGCAGAGGCUGCUAUGAGGUUUUGUAAAGAGGAAUGCAGCAUUGCAGUACCUCUCACAGUUCCUCUGACCAGCGUGGAUUUUGCCGUGUGGGAAAAGAAAAAUACAGAGGAGCAGGCUCAAGAGGUCCAGACAGGUUUAUGGCUAUUGAACACAGCCAUCAGCUCAUUCAGUGCGUCCAUCACCAACUCUGCACUCCACUCCCACAUAGACGCCAGCGUCAGAAACAUCGCCAGCCUCAAGCAGGUGCUGCGCAGCCUCAGUAUACAGGACUAUGUGCCUACAGUUGGUGGGAAAGGGGAGAUAUGGACAGUGUCUUCAGCCUCAGAGCUCUUCCAGGUCCAUAUAAACUUCCUUCGUGGGAAAGUGCGCCAUUUGAUCAAAAAUGUCUGCCAGCAAAAUAAUAGAUGAUUGACACAUGGAAGGGACAGGAACCUUAACCAAUUGGAGCAGACCAUAACAGAAGGUGGAACAUUAGUACUAGACUAUUAAGGGCAUCAUGCUCACCUGUAUGGAACACUUUCUCUCCUUCAAUGAAGAAUGGAACACUAGAUGGCCUUAGGAUGUAGUUCUAUUCACCGCUGCCUUGACCAAACAUUGCACACUUUUCUGUAUGUGAUGCAGCCUGUCACUCCUUUCUCCCCAUUUGACUGAUAUUUGUUAUAUCACAGAUGCAUUCGCAUCAAUCCUAAUCAGAUACCACUUUUAAUAAUUUUUUUUUACAAUGAAUUUGUGUUGAUUUUAUGUUGCUUACUAUUUAUAUAGAUUUCUACUAGCUGGAUUAUGCUAUCGUUUUGGAGUAUGAGGAAGCUGUCUGCUUUCUGUCUUAGCCUUUAACACCUCUAAAAAAAUUGAUCUGCUGCUUUUAAGUCAUAUUUAUCAUUCUCAGUAAUGCACUGAUUUUAUAUAAAAUGUAUUGUGUGUGAGUGAGAAUAAGUGUUUUGGAGAAUGUGUGUGAGAGUGAGUGAAUAUGAGUAUUUUGAGUGUGUGUGCAUGUGUGUGUGUGUGUGUGUGUGAGAGAGAGAGAGAGAGAGAGAGAGAGAGAGAGAGAGAGAGAGAGAGAGAGAGUAUGAGAGAGAGAUGGGGAUAUCAGUGGACAGACUGUUUACAGGUCACUUCUGGUGAAGGGAAGAGAGACCAAAUAGUUAAGCUUUUGUAGGGGAAACUGGGGGGUUAUGCGAGGGCUGAUGAGACGUGUGUUGAUUACAAGUGUCUGCAGUGGACUCACGUGCAAACGCACAGCACCACACAGAGAAUGGCCAGGAAAAAUAUUGCGUCACUGCCAGGAAAAAUAUUGAUUGGUUUGCACGAAGAACAUCCUGCCUGACUCCUGCUCUGUUCACAGUCUGUGUAAUGGCCUGGGAAACUUUUGGGUAGUUGACAUUUUUCUGAUGUUUCCUUUGUGUUCCAGGCACGAAUUGGUCAUUCUGGUUUGUCAUCUCUGUCUUUUUUUAACAAUGUUUUUGCUAUGGGGUUCAUUUUUGAUGUUUGCGAAUCAGUGUGUGACUGUAAAAAAGGAAGUUUGUAAUACUACUUUCCUGUUUGUUACUGUUGUUUGCUUCUUUUACUACUUGUCCUAUUUGGUUAAUAAAAUGCAAUUUAUUAUUCUGAGAAUUAGUUGAAGGAAAAAUACAUGGCCUGCUUGAUUGUCUCCAUUAAUGCAGCUUACAGGCAUUUCUUGUUUCUAUCAAUGUGAAGACAAUGUAAAGACUACACGACUUAGAGAUACCCAACUUUCAAACAGAGAAAUAAAAAUGCAACAAAAAUCGUUCACA